AUGUCUCAACCAAAUAAAGAGGCAAACAUCAUUCUUGCGCUUCAGGCCUAUCAGAACAACCCAGAAUUAGGUCUCCAUCGCGCAGCUGAGAUAUACCAGGCCUCCUAUGGUUCACUCUGUCGCCGAACCCAUGGCAUUUCUUCUCGAUACGAUAUUACACCCAAGUCACGGAAACUAUCUGAUCUAGAGGAACAAGCUAUUAUUCGAUUUAUCCUCGACCUAGAUUCGCGAGGAUUUCCCCCGCAACUGCGUGGUAUUGAAGAAAUAGAGCGUCUGAUUAGAUACUCUAUUGCCUAUGUUUCGAAGACUGAGUUCUUCCUGGCCUUUUACGCUGCAUUUCAAGCUACAAUCACGGAGGUAAAUAUUAAGGCAGGUUUUAGAGGAGCCGGGCUUGUUCCUCUUGAUCCAGAAAGUGUGGUCUCAAAGCUUGAUGUGCAGGCGCGGACUCCAAUGCCUUUCGAGGAGGAGGCUAGCCACCCCAACCCUUGGGUUUCAAAGACCCCAAAGACCGUCCUCGAGGCUGAAUCUCAGUCUAAAUACCUUGAAAGACGAAUCAGAAGGCAUCAAAGUAGCUCCCCAGAGUCUAUUCUAGAUUCACUAAAGUCUCUUUAA